UUCCCCUUGCUGAGGAACUGACGAUCCCUACUCCACUGUCAUUUGAUGUUCGGUUAAAAGAACGAGAUGUAUUUUGGAUCGGGGUACUUGAAAUAAGAGGAGAUGGAAUAUGGAAACCGGUGUGCACUACCUCCUGGAGUAGACUGGACUCUAAAGCUGCAUGUCGUUCAAUGGGGUUCUCCGAUGUUAUACAGGAUCUACCGAUAGAAACUAAGCGCAUUAUCUUAGAUAAUGUGGUAUGUAAUGGUGACGAGGAUGAUAUCUUCGAUUGCAGACAUACAACAUUGUUUCAUCACAACUGUGGGCAUUAUGAGGAUGCUGGAGUCACUUGUGAUCCCGGUUCAGAAAUUACUGAACCACCUAGUCCACGGAACUCAACUAUCCGACUUCAAGAUGGCGGUGAAUUCUGGGAAGGACGUGUUGAGAUAUUUUACGAUGAAUCUUGGAACACAAUUUGCGACGACAACUGGGAUCUUUUAGACGCUCGCGUGGUUUGCAGAAUGCUUGGGUACAACGAUUCUUUGACAGCUCACCUACGAAAUAGAUUCCCAGACGUCUCAACCACUAUUCAGAAGACUAACCUACAAUGUGCUGUAUGGACAGAAAGCAAAAUAGAAAAUUGCAGCUUUCAAGCGCCAACCACUCCAUGCUACGAUAACGUUGUAGUCGCGUGCAGAUCACCAACUGAGAGAGAAGAUAGAGUUCGGUUUGUUGAUUCCCCUAAUGAUUGGGAAGGAGUCAUCGAGGCUCGAGGGGAUAUUUCUUGGAAUCCUAUCUGUGACGAUGGAUGGAGCAUGUCUGCAGGAGAUGUUGUGUGCCGAAUGCUUGGUUACGAGAGGGCUCUUGGUACCUACAUUGGGCUGAACAGCAGUGCAUCCAAUCCCUACAUCCUAGAUGAUAUAGCCUGCGAUGGGACCGAGACAGACAUUAUGGAUUGUGAUCAUGGACCACUCCUAGAGCAUGACUGUACACAAAACGAACACGCUGGGGUAUCAUGUUUACCAGAUCUGCGUCUUGCUAGAGGAGAGUACUCCUCAUCUGGAAUUGUAGAGGUGUUCCACAAUGACUCCUGGGAAACCUUAUGUUUGACAUCUGAUAAUAAAGACGAGGCCUACGCCAUAUGCAGCACACUUGGUUACGACUCAUUUACCUUCACCGAGAUAGACCUUGAUAACAAGGUUUAUGAUUUCUCACGACUGCGCUUCUUCUGCUCCGGAUUUGACUCCAUCGCAGAAUGCUUCCAAUAUCUAAUACCAGACUCUGAAGAAGCAAGAACGUGUUCUAAUGCUGAAAGUGUGCUUGGUGUGAAUUGUAGACCGAUCGAUCCGUGCGAAGAAGAAGACUGUCCUGAUGGCAGUAUCUGCGUAGAAUCCGGACUGACGUCGACUUAUGAAUGUUUUGCAGUUUGUGUUCGUGUACCACGUGCUCUAUGUCUGUAUGAGGAUGUCGAGGAUGAAUGCUCAUGGAAUGGAGAAAUACCUUUAUCGACGUCUGAGAACUAUCAUAGCUAUUACGAUUCGACUUCGUCCUCUUUCCCAUGGUACCCAGGCUCUUGGACUUCCUCUUCAAGUCUGUCCACCUCAACACAGCAUGCAACAUCCAGUAUGACAGAAGGUUCUGAAAGCCCAACGAAUUCAGCACCCUCUUCAAGCCAAUCACCCUCAUUUAACACCAUCUCCGAUUACCGCCAUUCGAGAUUGUCGGGUUCGUUUUCGUUCAAUAGUACUGGCGCCGAGAUUCCGAAGUGCCUGUACAACUUGUUCUUACCCAACGUAAGGCAGUUUGUACUAAUUCUCAAUGGCAGCAAUUACAACCCAGAACAUGUUGAGAUCAAGGUGUAUAAGGGUUAUCAAUUAAGCCGAGCGAACACUGUAUUUAUUAGCCAUCCCCAAAAUCAAGUUCCAAGUUAUCUACUGGUCGAUUAUUUCAGCGUCUGGAUAGAGGUUAUUUCCAUUACAGCUAACUCAACUAUGGAUAUAGAUUACGUAGCAGAUUGUACAUAUGACAUCCUCCACACUUCAGAUCAAUGUAACUUUCCGCUGGGGAUGGAAGCAAGAUGGAUCAGAAAUGACCAGAUCACAUCUAGUAGCAGAAUUGAUAGAGAUCAUCUUGCCUACCAUGCAAGGUUAUACGGCCCUUCUGCAUGGAUGCCAGAUCCUUCUGAUACACAACCUUUUAUUGAGAUCUCAUUAGAAGAAGAUUAUGAAGUAACGGGUCUCGUCAUACAAGGUGGAGGAGGGGACAAUCGGUUCUGGGUUAAAGCAUUCACUCUAGAGUACGGGGUGCAAGGAGAGUUGGUUUAUAUUCUUGAUCCACACAAGCCAAGGAACAGUGGGACGAACAUUCAACUCUUUGAAGGUAAUUCAGAAUACUACUGUGCCAAGUACAUCUACUCCCUUCCACCUGGCCUCAUCACUAGCCGCCUUCGUCUAAGACCUGUCCAGGAAACGCCCAUUGCCUUGAGACUAGAGGUGCUUGGAUGCCGACCAAACGGAUGUAAUGUCUCUGAAUCCAGCUACGACGCGAGUCAGAUUCUUCAUUCUCAACGAGUUCAGUCAGGUGAUAGAUCCUUUGAACAUGGGAACGGAACUUCUCGGUACUGGUCGACUGACUAUUCAGAGCCGAGAACUAUUAAUAGAAUUGUCUCUAGAAAGUGCCUGGGUCGAGAUGGACUUCUUCAAUUUGAUCUGAUGUGGACUGAUAAACCAGGAACAAAUUCAAGUUUGUUGGUCCGUAGCAAGCUCCGCUUUACCUACCAGAGCACUCCGUGGGCUCAGAUUGAAUUCAAUCCACCCAUUACCAAUGUCUCUCACCUUCGCAUAUAUCCUACCAAAUGGAUUGGGAAUCAACCGUGUCUGCAGAUAAAAGUGUUUGGAUGUCCCACUAAUGGCAUUUGCAACCAGCGACUUGGAAUGGAAUCAUUGGAAAUCCCUGACGAGAAUAUCGAAUGCAGCGGCUGCGACGAAGAUUCACUGUCUAUGGUUCGUCUGAACUCAUUUGGAGAAAAUUUGGAAAUCGGCUGCUUCUUUCGACCCAACCCAGCAGGGGCUCCAUACCAAGUAACUAACGAGCCACCCGUGCUGCAAGUUCGUUUUCCAAAUAGAGUGAUACUAUCAGGUAUGAUACUACAAACAGGAUCUCCAGGAAACCCGUUCAAUGACGACUUUGACAAAGAUAAAUUUACAUUUAACGUGAUCAUGACAUAUCAGCCAACUACAGCGUCCAGUGACAUGGUUUUCUUGCUAGCGUCUGGUGUUCAUGAUUUUUAUACUAGACCAUAUGCUCAGAAAACCAUUAUGUUCGGAAAGGACUACUUAACUACUGCUGUUCAACUCAAACCAGUCAUCGACACCUAUCGGCGUAGUGCACGCUUUGCUGUGGAGUUCCUCGGCUGUCCGACUGAUGCAAGAUGCAAGAAUGAUAACUCUUACUUCGACGGAGAAUGUUUUAAUUUUGUACGAGCGAUCAGUGAUAUCUUAAAUACUUGUCCAUCCUGGAGUCCAGAUUAUGGCAGUCGCCUGGCCUACAUCAAGUCACAGCCUGAACAAACCUUUGCGAAAAAGCUUGCCUCCAGUUCUCUUCCACCACAGUAUCUGGUCCGAAUUGGAUUGGAAUCCCGCAACUCAGCGUAAGACAAGUAUUAUUGGAGCAUGAACACAACGAG